UUGCUUGUUUGUUUGUGUGUAUGUGUGUGUGUGUGUUUGUGUGCCCUAACACUUAUAUCUUAGUGGCAGGUGAUAAAUGCGAAAACAAAAGGUAAGAUAAAUAGGAGUGCAGCAGACAUUUUACCCUGAGAACAAACAGGAAGUGAGAAAGUUCUGGUGACUCAAGGAGCAUGGUAAAGGUAUGCUAAAGACUUUUAAGAUGGCCUCCCUCUGUUUUCUACACCAGACAUCUCAAGAUGUAUACAGGUGAGUGUAUAAAAGGCCUCGGACUCACUCCCAUCUAAGCUAAGCUUUGCUAGCUAGUUAUCCUGUCUUCUCCCGCAAGAGGGUAAUAAUUUACCUGCUCAGGUGUGUCCUCACUAAGCCAUGUUAGAAGCUUCAUCAAAAUAUUUUUACUUGGGCAGCUGUGGCUGAUAAAAAAGAAAAAGAAAAAAAAAGUUUCAGAAGUAGUUAAUGAUUGUAACAGUAGUUGUAGAAGUAGUAGUAGUAGUAGUUGUAGUAGUAAUCACAGCAGCAGCAGUGGUUGUAGUAGUUGUAACUGAACUAGCAGCAGUGACAGUGACUGCAGUAGUAGUGGUAGUAAUGAUGGUGUUGUCAGUGGUGGUGGUGUGGUGGUGGUGGUGGUGAUAGUGGUGACUAUAAACAAGGAAUAUAGCAUUUGUUGAGAAGAGCUCACUUCUUUAUUUUCUCUGCUUAUAUGGAUACCUCGAACUUUACAUCAUGAUAUAUGAAUUGUGUGCAUCUGGCAGUGCUGUCGUACUGCAGAGCCUGCACUGUGCAACAUGGCCGACAUCGAGGAACACAGUCGAGCUACUGAAGACAAAGAAUCUGAAACUCAAGUAUUAUCUGUAGAAGAUAACUCAUUAAAGGGAGGACGCAACCGCAUUUGUAAACAGUGUAAAUUUACAUGCAAAGAUUCUCGAGAGUUCUCGCAACACCAGUUAUCUGCCCACGGUGAAUCGGAAGAUACUCAUUGCAUUCAAAACUCCGUAUCCAGCAACAAAGACAGCAACAAUAACAGCAGCAACACCACUGGUAACAAUACAUAUCGAAGAAACAGUGCCAAACCUUGCAGCCCCCAGAUUGGGAAUUCUAAGCCUGAUUUCUUUAUCAACAACAACAUCAACAACAUUUAUAAGAUGAGCCGAGAAGAGGACGAUGAAAACUCUGACCACAUUUACAGGGAUACUGAGGACGAUGAACUAGAAGACCGACUAAUAAUAGCUGAAGACCAAGAUGAUUCCUUUUCCCAUACUCCAAUAAGAAGUGGCAAUAUCCAAAACCGAACGUAUAUCUGCCCUUUUUGUGAUUUUUCAUCAACUAGUGCAAAAGUUUUCUUGCAUCACCAAAAAGAUAUCCAUGGAAAAGACUUCACCAUUUAUGAAUGUGAUGUGUGUGAUUAUGCAACUAAAUACAAACAGAAACUUCCUCGUCAUCGUAAGCUUCACUUUCCAGGCCUUGAGUUUAAUUCUAGCUCAGUAGGUGUAUUGGGGCCAAUAUCUUUGACAGGGGAAAACACUCAGGAUACCUCUGACAUUAUCAUAACAUCUGAAGUGGAUAUCAGAAAAAGAGAUGAAGAAAUGGAAGAUGAAUUAGAUGAUGAAGAUAUGGAAAUAGUUAUGGAAGACGGAAAUGGGAUUGACGACUCCCAGAAACAGAAAACAAAACGCACACGUCAAGAAGUUGACCCUGCAAAGUAUAUUGAGGUUAUGGAUGACGUUGGUAUUAAGUAUUCUUGUUCAAAGUGUGGAAAUAUUUAUAAAUGGCGCAAGUCUCUAAACAAACAUUGGAAAGAAAAGCAUGCUGAUGAGAAACUAGACGGUAUUAAACAAAUUUCAUCUCCUCACAAUCCAGUGAAACUGGGAAAUAUAAAACUUAAUCAUGAAAUGAUUAGGAAGGACUCGUGUGAAAAGCUCAUUUACAAAAAGGAAGGCCAAUCGAACGGUUACGCUGAUGAUGGCAGAGUGUGUCACGAAAUAUCAGGAGUCAGUGAUUGUGUUAUGCCUAAGAUGAUUGGACCAUUUGUCACUAACUCUUACAUAUCUGUCUACUCAACAGAAAAUGGUCAAUCUUCUGGUCCAGCAAAUGCGGACCAAGGAGUACUUGAUUUAUCGAGGAAGACACCGACAUCUCUAUCAUCCAACACACAGCGAGAACCAAUUGACUUCUCAUUUAAAAAAGAACCCUAUCCUUCAGCUAAUGUCUCAGGAGUCAUGUCUAUAAAAGCUGAACCUAUAUGGGAUAAUGAACAGGACAUGUCUGAGGGUGGAGAUGAUCGAAAACAAACAUCUCCAGUUUUACAGUGUCCAAGGUGUUCGUUUGUUGCAAAAACUUUUAUCGAUUACAGUUCCCACAUGGCAGUUCAUCUAAAUAAAAGGGCAUUUAAAUGUGCGGAAUGUCAGCAGCAUUUCAAUUGUGUAGAGGAACUAAACAAGCAUUUCGCUGAGAUCCAUGUUAAAAAGAUACAUGAACAUAGAGAUGUAAUCCAGAAAAUUCCACAUGGACUUCAACAAACUUACCAUUUACUACGCAUGCCAUUGUCUUCAAAUGAGUUUAAUUGUACCGAACAGCGUCAGUUGAAGUGCAGCCGUUGUGAUUUUGUAGCAAAGUGGCCAGCUGAAUUGCAAAAACAUGCUGUCUCUCAUUCUGAAGAACGUCCAUUUAUAUGUAUGGUGUGUGGUUCGACUUACAAAUGGAAGUGGGAUUUAGUGAAGCAUUUUGAGAAAAGUCAUUCGACUCUAACUAAUCCCUAUAAACGUAGAGCAACAAUUUUAGGAUCUAAUAUUUCCGAGCCGACUAUUUCUAGAACAGCCGAUGCACUUGUAGAUAGCCGAAGCCUUGACUCAAUAAUUUUGCCUCCCAAAAAGAAACGUAGGUUGUCUGAAACUGACUUGACAGGAAUUCACUCUAAAUAUUUAGAUUUGGAAAUAAGAAGUGACAAUUUGCGUCUUUCCAGAUCUUCACAUAGCAACAGAUCUUCUCCCCUAUUCUUUCGUGAAAGGUCAUCCUCUGUUCCACCUUAUUUGAAUAACUUUCCCGAAAGGAUUCGCUACAACGAAAGAGACUCUGAUGAUAACAGUAUGACUGGUCUUCAGAUCACCAAUGUCUAUUCAUUAGUGAAAGACAAAACAUCCAUCUCUCAACCUGACUCUUUGGAAAGUUCAUCAUUAUAUACUUCUAGUAUCCAGUCAACUGUUGAUCGCCUGACAAGUUGUUCAGAUCAAUUUUUAUCUUUUGAAGAUCAACACAAAGCUGUUAAUGCCGCUCUAAGACAGCGUAUCAGUAUGUCUUCAAAUCGCAAUAAGCGCCAGUCUUCUUUAAAUCCCAGUGAGAAAGACAGAUCCUGUGCUGACAUUCUGUUACCGUACAAGUGCACAUUAUGCCAGUAUCGUGCACGUUGGCCAUCAGAAAUAACUCAACACAUGAAGAACCAUUCAGAUGAGAAACCAUUCUGUUGUCCCGAAUGUAGCUAUAAAAGCAAGUGGAAAUGGGAUGUCGUGAAACACAUGAAACGAUGUGGCGGAGGAACUGUGAAGGAUGUCAUUGACAACAGCAAGAUGAAGAUCGGACCACCCAAUGUUGUGGUUACAAUAAGAGAAGAACCAAAUGAUAACGAGAAAAUGACAAAAGCACAAAGUAAUCUUUUAAUUAAUGGAGAUGCUAACCAGUUUUCUUUCAAGCCAAUUAUUCCUGGUAAAAUGCCUCCUGUGACUAUUGAUAUAUCAGAUAAAGUGUCGACUGAUGUUGUUGACCCACCAGCUAAGCCACCCUCGGUUUUAGACUUAAGAAAGGAAUCAGUUUCAAAACCAAAUCCCUAUUUCCGUGACUUAAUAAAUAAUGGUUUAUAUCAUUGCUUAGAAUGUCAGUUUGUUGGUCAUAGUCCUGCUGAGCUGAAACGGCAUGCAUACCUACAUUCCGAGGACAAGCCAUAUGUUUGCGAAGUUUGUACAUAUAGCUCUCGUUGGAAAUGUGACCUUAAAAAACACAUUCGUACAUAUAAUCAUUAUGGUUCUGGCAAUGGUUCCCAAAUCGAUAAUAUACAGAAGCAUUCAAGUCCUGAGGCAUUUGGAGAUGUAUCAGUAUCAGAGGAACCCAAAGUUUACAAGUGCAAUCACUGCUUUUUUGAAUCUGAUUCUAAACUAGCACUAGAUCAGCAUACAGAGACACAUGAGAAAGAAACCAUGAAACACCGUUGUUCAAAAUGCAACUUCGUUUCAGAUAAUUCCUUUAUUUUCUCCCAGCAUCAAUUAACUCACGAGAAUACCAGUACUUCAUCAGUUCCAGCUGCACCACCUCCAGUAGCAAACACCGCAAAGGUUUCAUCUCGGACUCGUCACCUCAAAAACUGCCGUAGACCCAUCAAACAAUACCACUGUAGUAAAUGCCCGUAUGUAUGCUUAGACGACAUGGAUUUAGUUGUGCACAAAGAAGGACACAAACCUCAAGGUUCCAAUGCAUUCCAAUGCUUCUUCUGUGAUUUCAGUGUCCAUCAGAAAAUACAAUUAAUCAACCAUCUUUAUCUUCAUCCAGAGUUUGAAACAUCAGAUAAAUCCAAGUUGAAUGAAAUUCUUCACUAUUCUCAACUCUCAGAUGUCUGGCAAUCUAAUAAAGAUAACGAAGAUAUGGACUUGAUGUGUGAUGAUUCUUUGGAAUAUUAUUCUAGCUCUGGCAAUUAUGACCUCAACAGAGAGAAGAAACUUGAUGCAAAUGACUACAAGAGGGAAGAGAGAGAAAUGGAAGAGAAAGAAAAUAGGUUUAUAAAUGGAAUGUCUCCAAUGCGUGACAUGUCUUUGAAACGUCUACAGUGUGAAUGGUGUGAGGCAGCAUUUGCUCAUAUCAGUACUCUUUACCAACAUGCCCGAUCUGUACAUCCAAUUUUACUUCAACAACAAGAGUACGAAAACAACAUAAAGUACGAUGAUCUACCUCCACCACCACCUCCUCCCAACUAUAAUGGCGUUGCAGUGAGUCAGAAUUCAGCAUUUAACCCAAUUCUACCCAAAGUUAUUCAGACUCCUAAAAAGGUCUUACCUACCCAGCUUACUAAGCCCCAAAAGAAUCCGAGCCCUGGAAAGACUGGUGGUCCUUUUAAAUGUCAGAAAUGUCCUUUCAUUGGUGCCAGUUCAAAUACGUAUUCUCGCCACAUGGAAAGGCACGGCAGCAACUGUAAGCACACCUGUUUGUAUUGUGAUUACAGUAUCGACAGACUUAAUCUGCUGCAUCAACACAUGCGUGGCAGUCAUGGACAUGAUGUGAAACAGUCACCGUUGAACAGCUCUGCCUCAGAUAAAACUUCACCCAAUGGGUCUCAUAAACAAGAGAUGGGAAGUAGAGUGAUACUGUCGACACCAACCUACAUUCAGAAAAGUGAUGGAAGUAGCGAAUCUCAUUUAAGGCCCAUAGCUCCCAAACCUGUGGAAGGUGCACAUCCUGAGAUUUCGCCAUCUUUACCUAUUCUUGAAAAUGGACCAAAUGGAAAGUAUAUGUAUAGAUGUCCAAAUUGUUCUUUUUGCAGCUCCAAAGUUGCUAACACCUCAGCGCAUAUUCGUACUCACUAUAUCGGCAGUAGUUUCGUAGAUACCAAGAAAUAUGGAGAGAAAAUCCCUGAGUUAAGCUAUACCCCUUACCUCUCUGAUACAACAAACAAGAAAUUCAAUAAUAAAUUAGAUAACCCAAUGAAUGCAAGACCAUUAAAUUGUGAUUGCAGUGACAUGUCAAAUCUGUCAAAGACUCAUCAACCUAUGAAGAUUCCUCCAAAGAAUAUGCUGCUCUGUCUACAGUGUCCAUUUAAGACGACCACUAAAGAAUCUUUGCAAGAACACCAAGAAUUUCAUGGUUAUAAAGGUCAGUAUCGCUGUAGUGAGUGUAAUUUUAGUGUUGAUCAUGUCAACCUUUUCUGUGACCAUUCUGCUUUACACUCUGCCAGCAACUACAACAGCAACCAGAAUCCUAAUAAUAAUGAUAACAACAACAACAUUAACAGCAUCGGUAACAACAACAACAACAAUAAUAAUAUCAGCAGUAUGAAUACUUCCCAAAUAAAUUACAGGUCUAACGAAGAAGCUAAUAAUAAAAAUAAUUCACAAAAGAUGGGUGGAGACCACUUUCACCCUAAAUAUGACAACAGUGAACGGCGUGGUAAAUUGAACCUACAACAAAUGUUAAAGCAAGUGAAAAUGGCUGGCAGAGUGCGGUACAAGUGUUCACGUUGUCCAUAUCGAACAUGCUGCAAGAAUAAUAUCAUUAAACAUCGUAAACAACACAUAGUGAACAGUCGUUACAAGUGCCAAUACUGUAACUAUAGCGCUGCACGCAAGUACUUGUUGCAGCAGCAUUUAAAAUUCCAUCGUGAUGAAGCCAGCGAACAAGAAAAAGAAUUCCAAGAUGUUGUACUUGAUCCUUAUGAUGAGAAUUCUGUGAAAACUCUCAAGGAAUCGUCUGAUUAUAACAAAGACUUGUUGACUCCAAAAACAUUUGAUAAUUAUAACAGAAGAAAGAAACCAAGCUCAGGUGAAAGUACUUCCGUCCCAAUGUCUCUAAUGAUUAGAGCCAAUACUGAAGGAGAUGGUGAUGAACAAAGUGAUAUGCUCGAAGAUGAAGAAAAACAUUUGUCUGGUGAUCAAAGCUAUGAAAGCAAAAGGCGAAACUUUCAUUGCAGUCUUUGUCCGUUUAGUUGUAACACUGCAGUUGUAUUUCAAAGACAUUCACAGUUCCACAAUGCCAGCCUAAAGUACAAAUGUGAUUUUUGUAAUUACAGUGUCGAUCGGCUUAACCUGUUGACUCAACAUUCCCGUCUUCAUUCACAACAAACGAAUUAUCCACCGCUGGCUUCUCCCGAAGAUAUGCCAGUCAUGGAUUACUCAUCACCUUCCUCCUCUUUCUCUUCACAUAAUGCCUACAUGAACCAAAAAUCUUCAAAAGAUAACACUGACAGGAAUAUACACCCGUCUUUAUUGGAUGAGCAAGCAAUGGGCAGUGAAAAGUUCCAAUUGCUUGAGAUGGGUUCUGAAGGUAAUGAAGAAGCUAUGCGUUACCACUGCAAACUUUGUCCCUAUAUGUCUAAUUCUUUAAAAAGUUAUAACGUCCAUUCAAGCAUGCAUGGCUGUGAAGGCAAAUACAAAUGUGAUUACUGUGAUUGGAGUGCUAAUCGUUUAAAUCUACUUAAUCAACACCGCAAGGUUCAUUCUAGGGAGCCAGAUUUCGACCCCAAUCCAGAUGAACUGACAUUCCUUAACAGAGAAGCUCUUUUGCAAUCUACAACUGAUCCGAGAAGUUGUAACAAGCUAAAAAAUGUUGAUGCACGUCAUCUUAUCAAUCCAAAAACUAAGAAGUGUUACUCGUGCAAAAUAUGUCCAUUUUCCUGCAAUAAUAAAAGCUCUUUUUUUCUUCAUCUCGGUUUACAUCGCAACCCAGCUCGCUAUAAGUGUAGUCAGUGUUCUUAUAGCGUCAGUCGGUGGAAUCUGUUGCAACAGCAUGAAAGAACUCAUUUAUCUGAAAACGAAGGGUGCAAUUCUGUUGAUGCUAAUGGUGUUCAGAUGAAUCCAAAAACCAGUCAGGGAACUCUCAAAGCUAGGUUGCGCUGUCCUAAGUGCCCUUAUCAUUGUUAUGCUCCGCAUUUGUUGGAGACUCACAUGAAGAUGCAUGAAACUAGUGACCGGUGUGUAUGCCACUACUGUGACUAUAGCAGUGAUAACUGGGAGGUAUUACAGAAACAUAUGGAAAUUCAUAACGGAGUGACCAAUCUGUCGUGUUCUACUUCCAAGUUAGAUUCUUCUACACUGGAACAAGCAGCUGAAGAUGAGGAGUGUGACAACGAAAACUCUUUAAGAAGAAAGUACAGUAGCGAGAACGAGUGUGAGGAUGGCUUUCGCUGUGACCAAUGCCCUUUCACCACACCAUCCCUGGAUACAUUGCAACAACAUGAGUCUCAACAUGAAGACAUUGACGACUCGACUUCCUGCAGUUACUGCCAGUUUACCUGCAGGAAAGAAUCUGAAAUGGAGAAACAUAUGACAACACAUCAUUACGACCAGACAUAUAACGAAGAAGAAGAAGAAGAAGGAGAUAGGCUUGGGAGAACAGAAAACAAAUCAGAAGAAUGUGCAGCCGAAUUAGGUUGUCGAGUUUCUGAAACUAGCCAAAAUAAUGAUGAUUGUGUAAACACUAAAAUAGAAAGUAGGAGUAGUCCGACUGAAAACGAACUGAAAAUUAAUGAGACAGGUGAAGGUUCACCUGUUGUUGAAGAAGAAGAAGAAGAAGAAGAAGACAGCAACAAUCUAAUUGAUGAUAGUCCAACAUCUGCAAAAUCAAAAUUAGGUUCCACUUCUUUUGAGUGUCAGUUUUGUGAUCGUGGCUUUGAUGAUGAAACCUCCAUGCAGGAACACGAGAAGCAUCAUUAUAAAGCUUAUGGCUCCAUCCAGCAAUAACUCAAUUUUAUACUCACUUAACUCUCUUAAAUGUUCAUGGUAAUCCUAUAACCUGGGAUAGAAGCUACCUGAUGCUCAUUGCAUAUCAGAACCCUUUAAUGAGCAAAACAAUUGGCUUCGACUAUUUUAUAUUUUGUCUGAUUCGGGUUUGAAAUUUACCUUGUUCUUGUGGUAAUUAACAAAUCAAGACGUGGCAAGUCUCUAACAAAAUCACUCCAUUUCGUUCUCGGUAAGAAAUGGUUUAUCCUUUGAAUUAAGUCCGCUUCUCCGACAUGAUUACUUCCCUUUCGCGUGAUGCCACCAAGCAAUUUUUCUUUUCCAUUUUUUUUUUAUAACUUAAUUACAUUCCUUCUGUGUUUAGCCUAUGAAGAAAAAUUUUUUAAAAAAUAUAAACAUUCUGUCUUAUCUUGCACAGUUUGCUCAAGAGAGAUGCUUCAUUUGUGAACAAGAACAAAAAAACAAAACUUUCUGUUUUAUUUUAGAAUCAUUGUAAAGCACUUGCUUCUUUUUUUUUCCCCUCACUCUCACAUCAUAUUUCACUGAUACUAACAAAUUUUUAAACAAUAUUUUUAGCCUCUUUACUUGGUAUGAAGAAACCUCUAAACUUGCAAUGGUAGUGUUGUCAUAAUGGUUCUUAAAACAAGAUUAAUAUUGAUUAAGAAUCUGGUGCCAAUUUUACGUGACUUUCAACAUGGCACAAAUUUUAAAGUUAACCGAACGGAAUUUUAACGUUAACCAAAAUUUUCUCUAUCCUGCUGCAGAACUUAAUGAAAAUGAAAUAUAAGUAUUUUAGGAUUACAAAUACAUAUGUUUAUAGCAGACAGGCUUUUACCAUCUUAUUGAAGAUAAUUCUGAGACCAGACUAUUGAUUCAUGUAGAUGUUUGGAGUUUUUAAAAGUUAUUCUUAAAAAUAAUGAUACAGACAGACAAACAAGCAUUAAAAAAAAACUGUGGUGAAUCAAAUUAGAUUUCCUAAAUCAAAAUUUUUUGAAGAAUUACAGUCAGUCUGAAAAGAAUAAUGCUAUUAAUAGCCAUUGUUAUAUUAAAAGAAUUGAAAUUCUGCAACUGAUGUCAAGUGAUUAAAUGCUAAAGAAUGAUGAUUAAAAUACAAGAGUAAAAGUUCCCUGGAAUAUUCUGAAAUUUUAGGUUGCAUUUUUGGUAUCUGCAGUCAGAAUUACAGGACACUUGUGUAUGUAUAUAUAUGUAUGUAUAAAUUACUUGAAAAGUCUGUUGAAUUUUUUUGGAUUAUUGGCAAAACAAAAUAUUAGAGCAUACAAUUUUUGGCAGUAUUCUUUGAAGCAGAAUAAUUUCAACAAUGAUACAAAUCUUCAAGCCAAGAAUCUAAAAAAAAUCUAGAAAAAAAAAUGAUAAAAAUUCUGCAAGUUCUACAGACUUAGGCGUAAAAAAAAAAAGAAAAAAGAAAAAGGAAACCUAACAAUUUAAUAAACUUCUUUGCAGAUUAUUUUGUAAAUGCUGUUAUUACACAUUUAGUGCCUUUGCAAUGCAUCAGGGAAGUGAUUUGAAGAAAAUAAUUUUUUUUUUGUCUUUUUGAAUUUUUGAGGAAAAAAAACCCAAACACAAAAAAAAAAACAACAGAAAAAUGU